CAUUGGUAAAGCAAAUAAAUAAAUAAAUAUUAAUAGUGUGGUUGUUGAGCAACAAUACUUAUAGCAACACUAAAGAAUAUUUUUAAAAUGUACAUAUUUUUAAUAAAAAAUGGCACUUAACCUUUUUUUAUACGCAUCUAUUUUACAUGCUUUAAUUGCGCAAGAAUUGAAUUUGUUUCCUUUGAAACAGUAUAUGAAAAACAUUAGCGUUGCUAACACUUCUAUGUUUCUUUGUCACCAAGAUGACUCUAAUUUUAAGCUGUGCAGUUGUGACGAUUCCUGCUUUGCAUCAAAAACCUGCUGCAUCGAUAAACUAUGGAACAACACCAAUCCAUUACCGUUGGACAUUUACCUAGAAAUGUUAGUUAAUAAGUCGAGUUCCUAUAAAGACAUGGUAUGUGAAAAAAUUAUAUCAGUACCCGUUGAUUCAGGACACGAAAGUAGUGAAAUUUUAAUGGUGCAUUCUUGCCAGGAUGGAGCAGAAACAGAAUUAGUGAAACUGUGUAUAAACAGUUAUGAGUAUCAUUAUGCAAACAAUGUUCCAGUAAAAGGUUCCGAUAAUGUUGUGUAUAGAAAUGCCGCUUGCGCACGUUGUAACUUUGCUGAACCUACAGCCAUAAAUCUUACGUUUGAUUGUCUGCAAGAAUCUCAACAAAAAAAGAUACAAGUAAAUGCAUCAUCACUCAAAGUCAUUUGGAUUUUUCAACAGAAUAAAAAUUGUACAGUGUCAUUAAAUAAAAAAAAAGAAACUAGCGACAACAUUAGCAGUUGUACUUCUAACGUGAUCAAGCACUGCCCAACAAGUAGUAAGCACUACGAGUUGUGCAAAGCAUACUCAGGAACUUUCUUGAAUUAUAAAAAUUAUGAUUGUUUUAAAUGUUUCGAAAGUGAUACGGUAGUAUCAAAUCAAAACACUACUACCUUUCAACUUUCUUAUACUCCAAUAUGGUUAAAUUAUUCAUUUCCAUUGUUCCAUGAUACUUUAGAAUGGGUUAAUUACACUAAAAAUUGGUUUAAUUAUACUACAGCAUGGUUUAAUGAUAAAAAAGAAUGGCUAAACUACACUUCUGUAUUGUUUAACUAUACUCAAUCAUGGUUUAACUAUUCUAAAGUAUGGUUCAAUAUUACUCCAGUAUGGUUUAAUUUUACUCCAGAAUGGGUUAAUAAAACAACACUAUGGUCCAAUUAUAAUAUUUUUCUUAAUAAUAACAAAACAGAAUGGUCUAACUACACAUCAGAAUUAUUUAAUUAUACUAAAAAAAUGUUUGACGACUCUCUUAUGUACAUUAGUAACAUUACUUCAGUGGUUUCAACAAUACCUAUGGAAAAUAGGAUCUUACCAGUAGUAAAUGGAAGCUUUUUAUCUAAAACUGUGUCUUAUAUACAAUAUUUAGAAGUCACCAAACCCUAUAUUUCAGUUACUUGUUGUUGUGGAUACACGUUGAUUGGUUCUGAAUGCAAAGAUUUGCAACAAAAAUUACCUUUUCUAGUUAUCAAUAAUGCAAGCUUCGAAAAUUGUUUAUUCAGCAAACAGCCCGGUUUUUAUGUCAUUUCAAAAGAUUUUCAAUCAUUAAGUUAUAUACAUCAUAUUUUACCUGGCACAGUUUGUUUUCUUAUUAAAGAUGAAAAUUUAUCGAAUUCAACUUUAUUUCAAUGUAACAUGUCUAUUCCUGCAAUGCUGAGUUUAACAAACAAUAAAUCAAUUUUCAACUCACUUUCUUCUGGUUCCUUAACAUCGUUUAUCACGUCAGUUUAUAAUCAGCUGAAUACAGAAUUAUAUAACUUUAAUAUUGGAAGAUCCUUUACGCAAAACAAACUAUGCGCACAACCAAUGGAGUUUAUCUAUACGGAAGGUAAUUUUACAAGCUCGUGCGAUUAUAUUACAAAAAACAAAACAAUUGAAAAUGAAGAUCUUGUUUUGUGGAUUGAAGUUCAUGGCAAUCAAACCAAAAGAAAAAUGAGCAUAUGCAAACAAUUCCAUUUAAUAUCUAAUUGUGUAUUGCGAAAUCUGACCAACAACUAUAAGAUAGAUAACCAGACAUUAACUUACACGUACUUAAACAAAGAAUACAGGUUUAAUGCAGACCAGUUUGUACCUCUAAACAAAGGUGUGGGAAUAUGUGAAUCAACAUUGUUGAAACUCAAAAAUAAAAAUACUUUAGACGACGCUGAAAAUCUUUUGUCGGUGAUAUUACUUAUUGUUAGUAUGGGAUGCUAUUUACUCAUAUUUACAACGUACAUCUUGUUUAAAGAGCUGAGAAUUAAGUCUAACUUAAAUUUGAUAACGCUUUGCGCAUUUUUGAUAUUUUCUGAUUUUUUUAUAUUUUUUGCAAUUUUUCAUAACAAGCAAAAGAAUAUAUGUAAAUACAUAGCAAUUGUUUUACAUUGGAGUUUAUUGGCAGGAUACAACUGGGUACUGUGUAUGGCAAUUGAACUAGCAUUAAAAUUUCGUAGAUUUGCUCCAACGUCAUUAGGUCGUACAAACUCUUUUAUCGCAUCAAUUUUUGUUUCUUUGAUGGUUCCAACUUUAAUUGUGUCUAUUAAUUUAGCAUUAGAUUUAACUGGAGCAGUUUAUAUUGGGUACGGGACAAACAAUUACUGCUGGAUCAGUAGAUUUUACGCAAGAAUAUUUUCUUAUAUUUUACCGCUUUGCAUUAUUUUAGCUUUAUCAGUUUUAUGCUUAGUGUUAACUAUUUGUAAUAUCAAGAGGCUUGAAAACGAAAGCAAAAAAACUUUAGGCGAGGGGAAAACGUCACGUGUAAACCUUGUGAUGAUUACAAUGAAACUCGUAUUAAUUCUUGGUGUUACAGAUGCAUUUGGUUUUUUUCAAAUUUCAAAACCAUUAUCUGAAUGGGAGAUAUUAUUUAAUUCAAUAUUCUCUAUGAUUUACACAUGCUGCCGAUCUUCAAAAGGAAUUAUGCUUUUUUUUGUAUAUAUUUACAAGAAAAAGGUAUUUAGAGUCUACAAAAGAUUUGCGGCGAAAACAAUCAUUAAAUGGAGGAAAUCAUUACAAAACACAAUUGUCAUUAAAGAAACCAGUGGAUUUACCGAAUCAACAUUUUGACCGGUAAAAAUUUUAUAUACAGUUAGCAAAAAAAAAAAAAAUGCUAGCUGUAUAUUAAACAUAUUUUUAAGUGAGCACUUUCGUUGAUAUUGACAGUGUUUGCAACGAAUUGGAAACGAAAUUUGUUUAAUUAAUUUGAAUAAUUAUGCAUUUUUUUUUUUGAUUUGCGUAUCACUUGAUAUUCAUUCAAGUAAGUUUAUAUCUCCAACAAACACAUGUAUGAUAAAUGCAUUAGUAGC